UAGGGCGUGUGGUCCUUCCGUGUGUGCUCCGAGCGUGGGCGUCCCGCUGGGGGUGUGUGGCAGGGGUUUCCAGACCCGGCACCAGCACCCUAGCCCCUUCCAUCAGGGGUUCGGCUCAGGGUCGCCCCUGGCGGGCGGCUCGCGAAUCUUGAAGAACAGCCACGCGAACCCAGAGCGUACCGGGGCUGCGGAGCUCCCCUGGGCGGGCUGGAAGAUGGCGGCAGCAUCGGUCUCUGAGACUUCGGCUUCUCAGUUCUCGAACAUCUUAGCAGAACCAUCAAAGUCUGAUGGAAGUAUGGUUCGCCAUUCCUCAUCUCCAUAUGUAGUAUAUCCACCCGAUAAGCCUUUCCUUAACAGUGAUCUGCGACGCUCCCCAAAUAAGCCUACAUUUGCCUAUCCGGAAAGCAACAGCAGAGCUAUAUUUUCUGCUCUGAAGAAUCUUCAAGAUAAAAUUCGACGUUUAGAACUUGAAAGGAUUCAGGCAGAAGAAAGUGUGAAAACCUUGUCUAAAGAAACAAUUGAAUAUAAGAAAGUAUUGGAUGAACAGAUACAAGAAAGGGAGAAUUCAAAGAAUGAGGAAUCAAAGCACAAUCAAGAACUGACAUCUCAGUUGUUAGCUGCAGAAAAUAAAUGUAAUCUUUUAGAAAAACAAUUGGAAUACAUGCGGAACAUGAUAAAGCAUGCAGAAAUGGAGAGGACAUCUGUAUUAGAGAAACAGGUCUCCCUGGAAAGAGAACGACAACAUGAUCAAACGCAUGUUCAAAACCAACUUGAAAAAUUGGACCUUCUUGAACAGGAGUAUAACAAGCUUACCACAAUGCAGGCCCUUGCAGAAAAAAAAAUGCAAGAGUUGGAAGCAAAACUCCGUCAGGAAGAACAAGAAAGGAAACGAAUGCAAGCUAAGGCAGCCCAGUUGCAGACUGGUCUAGAAGUAAAUAGACUUAUCUUUGAAGAUAAGGCAACUUCAUGUGUUCCCAAUACAAAAAGAAUUAAAAAAAAGAAGUCAAAACCACCAGAAAAGAAGGCUUCUAGGAACUAUUUUGCUGUACAGCCACAUUAUCGAUUAUGCUUGGGUGAUAUGCCAUUUGUUGCUGGAAAGUCCACCAGCCCCAGCCAUGCGGUGGUAGCCAACGUUCAGCAUGUCUUGCAUCUAAUGAAGCAACACAGUAAAGUCUUGUGCAACGAUCGAGUAGUCAGCAGUAUUCCUUUGGCAAAACAAGUGUCUUCACGAAAUGGGAAGAGCAAGAAGUCAGCAACGCCUCCCUCCUCUAGCAGCGUUAAUGAAGAGCUGUCUGAAGUCCUACAGACUUUACAAGAUGAAUUUGGGCAAAUGAGCUUUGAUCACCAGCAGCUUGCAAAACUUAUCCAAGAAUCACCGACUGUUGACCUGAAAGACAACCUAGAGUGUGAACUGGAGGCAUUAGUGGGAAGGAUGGAGGCAAAAGCCAAUCAAAUAACUAAAGUUCGAAAAUAUCAAGCCCAGCUGGAGAAACAAAAGUUAGAGAAGCAGAAGAAGGAAUUAAAAGCCACCAAAAAGACUCUUGAUGAGGAAGGAAACAGCAGCAGCCGUUCUACAACCACAGGGACCACAAAUAAGAAGGACUUUGCCAAACCGAGACCUGGAGAAAAAAGCAGGAAAAAUCUUCAGUUAUUGAAAGAUAUGCAAUCCAUACAGAAUUCAUUACAAAGCAAUAGUUUGUGUUGGGAUUACUGACUGGUACCAGGUCAUAAAUUUUAUUCACAUAAUCUGUACCUCAUCAAUCAGAUAUUGACUUUCCAGGUCUCAUGUUGGAAUUAAUUAAUAGCAAGCAUUUAGGGACCCAAGCUUCAUUACACAGGCUUCUUGUGCUACAUAUCACAACUAAAUGUUUAGCCAUCUAAACAGAAACUGGGGGUAGUUUUAAAGGCCAAGAAGCCACAUAUACUCUGUUUCUUUGUUUGAGAUGAAUUUGCUGUACUGAGAUAUUGCACUUUGUAAACAAAUUACCAAUUUUUUACUUGUGGGUGUGAUUUUUUUUAAUAGUUCUAUUAUAUAAGUAAAAUUAGGUUUAAAUUAUCAAAGUAUGAGGCUAUCCCAUAGGCAGUGUUUGUUUGAAAAGUCUCAUUUUUAAAUCUUCCCUGGCAUGAAUCGCCUGCUUUUGCUUUUCAAUACAACCAUUAAAUAUGCUCCAUUUCGACUACUGAUGGAGGUUUUCUAUAUUUAAAUAUUUAUACAUAUUUAAGAAGAUAGCUUUAUUUUCCUUUUUGACAUUACAGACAUUGGUCAGUAUUAAAUAUACUUGCAUUGAUGUUAACUCACCAUUAAAAAUUUUAAAGAUGCAUUCAUUUUAAAUCAGUUAAAUGUGAAGAUCACAAAAGCAUUUUUUAAACUAUAAACAAAUUGUUAAUGAUGUAAAUGAGGUUUUGGAAUGAAGAGAGAAAGGGAGGUGUUGUAAAGUAUAUACAUAUGUAUUUUUAGGUAAUACCUGUUUGUAAUCAUGCUAUUCAUUUCAAGGCAUUAUGGUUUUUAAUCUUAAACUCAAAAUCCCUUGAUUAUUUAACUUUAUUUGUGUACAGUAUGAGUGCAGUAUUAACUGUACACAUGUAAUUGUCAUUGUUAAUAAUGUGAAUCAUAGUUUUGAAUAGUUCAAGACUUGUUAACUUUAUAAAUUUGACACUGAAAUCAAUAAAGCAGCUUUUUUAAGGAAA